AUGGGGUCCCAGUCAGUUCUAUACUGGUCUGCCUCUCCACAACAAUCUGUUAGUGUUCUGGUCAAUGGAGAUGUGGUAGAAAAUGUGCCGGGCAUUCAAAACGGUUUUGUUUUCUCAGACAUCAGUGGCUGCAGAAUCUCAGGCUUUGGGGUGAAACCUGGAACUACACGCCAAAGUCUUGACAACUGUACUUCUCUGAUAUGCAGCAACACCAGUGUUAGCUCUACAAGCAGCUGCUUGGUGAAAGGACUCUGCACAGUGACCGGUCCCACCGUCAUUGACUUCAGAGGACAAAUGAACUCAGUGUCAGACCGGUGUGAGUACACUCUGCUGCAGGAUCAGUCUACUGGAUUCACUCUGAAGGCCAACUUUCUGGAACGGCGUCGCAGAGAUGUGAGCUUUGUGGACAGUGUCACUCUGGCCUUCAGUCAGGGUGCUGACAUUCAGCUGCUACAAGGACACAGAGUCCUGGUGGGAGGCUCACCUGUGACCCUCAGUGGUUCAGUCCAGACGUUUAAUGGUGUUUGUCUCUCCAAGGACCAGACUGGAGUCACUGCCAAUAUUUCACUCAAUGGUUCACCUGUGUCUGUGUUCUUUGAUGGAACCACAGCUCAGAUCUACAUUGAUGUACCUGUCAAUGUUAAGGGUCUGUGUGCAGACUCUAGCAGUUCCUCAUCUUCAAGGCUGUCCAGUGACUCCAGCUGUCAGCAACAGUAUGAGGACCCUGCUGACGACACCAUCAACAUCACUGCUGUGAUUGAACAGUGUGAUGUCCUGUCAGCUGCACCAUUCUCCUCCUGUAAUGCUGUUGUUGAUCCAGAGCCAUACAUAAUUGCCUGCAGAAAUACUUUGAACAAGUAUCCUGCAGUGGACGGUCUCAGGUGUCAGUUCCUUAAGGCCUACGCCAAAGCCUGCCAGAAGAGUCAAGCUACCGUGCAGAACUGGUGGACAGCAGCUAAGUGCCACCACCCUGAGCCCAUCUGUCAGGACAAAUGCAGUGACCAUGAGUUCUGUGGAGAUAUCCACGGAAACACUGACUGCCGCUGUAGAGCCAUUUAUGCCUCACAGUACACUGAACAGAACAGACUGGGAGGUCCAACUGUCUGCAAGGACAACACUGCCUCACUCACUCUGGUGGGUUGUCUCCUGAAGGAAAACGGCAUCGACUACAAUCACCUACACCUCAAUGACAAGACCUGCACAGGUGUGAUGGACCCCGAGAGUCACAUUCUGAAGUUCAACUUUAGCAGUGACAGUUGUGGAACAGAGGUCAUGAUCAACAACAGCCAGGUCAUCUUCACAAAUGCAGUUGUGACCCGGAACAGCUCCUCAGACCUCAUCACUCGUCAGGAUAAAGUCUUCAUUGAGUUCUCCUGCAGCCAUCCUGCACCUGAACUGCAGAAUGUGGCCUUCAAGAUUAUAGAUAACUCUGUGGAAGUUGUCCUCCAAUCUGGAGAGUGGCACUACAGCUUGACCAUGAAGGCUUACUCUGAUGCUGCCCAAACCCAACUUUUGGGUCCAAACAGUGAUGUCAGGCUGAACCAGAAGAUCUGGAUUGUGCUGGAGACCAACGGUCUGGAUGAAGAGGUGGUUUCUGUGGUGACCGACUCCUGCUGGGCAACCAGUGGGAACUCACCCAGCAGCUCUCCCAGAUAUGACCUGAUCACAGACGGCUGUGCAAAUGCAGAGGAUGGAACAGUUCAAGUGAUGGGAAAUGGACAAGGAACCUCCAACUCCUUCUCCUUCAACAUGUUUGAGUUCUCUGGAAAGGAACCUUCAGAAGUCUACCUUCACUGCCAGCUGCAGCUGUGUGUCAAAAAGAACGGCAGCUGUGUGCCGAGUUGCUCUGGUUCAGCUAGAAGACGCAGAUCUCUCAGAUACAGACGUGGAGCUCCAGCCUUGAUCAGCAUGGUCUGGACUCCUUAGGUGGUUUCAACAGAAGCGUUGACCUUUCCUGACUUGAUCCUGGUCCUGAACCUGAAUGUGUGAAAGAAUCUCAGUUCUUGUUUCUAUGAAUUAAGUUUUUAAUCAGAACUUAAACUGUUGAUUUUAGGAUUCUGUAGAAAAGACAAAACUUUAUCCUAGAUAUUAUAUUGAUCAUCUGAUUGGUGUCUUAGUAAUGACAUGGGAAAGGGAAGUGUGUGAGUUUCCUUUAGCUUCUCUACAAAAUCAAAGGAUGUACUUUAAGUCAAUCUGAGGAACUCCCUGGAGAACUAGCAUUGGAUGAUAUAUUAUUGAGUAAAUAGUCUAGAAAUGUACAACUUUUGGGGUUUGACUGGUUAGAUUUUGAUGGAUGUUAACUCUUUUAUAGAAGAGAAGCUCUAAAAGUAUUUCCAAAGAGUUCCUAUUACACUGGUGUUUACUGUCUUUCCAUUGGAUCGUGUACAUGUACCAUCUAAACCACCCAAUUCUGCUUCAUUUGAACUGGUCCUUUUGGUUGAUUUCCUUUUAACUUUAUAGGAAAAAUGUAUGACAAUAAUGGCAUAUGUUUCUGUUUUUGUAGUUGUUUACAGUUUUUCAGCAAUAAUAAUAAAACGUGUGGUUAAAGAAAAGUCUGAGUUUUCAUCUCUGUGUACUCACUACCACCA